AUGAAUCCGGAAGAAGACGCCAAUUCCAUCAGUAUUCAGGCAGAUGCCUUUAACGAAUCCGUUAUGGAUCGUGUAGGCGUACUGGAAACUGAUCAUCCCUUGCUCGAGCGCUUUCAGUCCGCUCUGAAGGCUCACCUGCUGAAGGUGAAGAAUCAACUAGAGGAAGAAGUCGCAGAGUUAAACCAUCGACUGGAGCAGAAUGAAAAAGAAUCCGAAGAGGUCGGCGCCGAGCUGUACGAUCUGCAGGAGGAGAUCGACAAUCAGAAGGAGUUGCUCGAAAUUUAUAGUAAGGAAAUUUUCGAACUGGCCGCCCAACGCCAGCAGGAGGAAAAGCAGGCCGCUCAGUACCGGAAGGAGUUCGAGGAGCAGCAGCAAAUCCUACGGGAUUUUAAAAAGAUGCACAAGGAGAAUUUGAUGGAGUUGGAAAACUUAACCGUGCUGGAGAGCGAACUUGCUAAGUGGGCGCAAGAAAUCAAGGACGAAAUUGCCGUUGCGAAGCGCGUUGCCAGCAAGGAUGCGAAGGAUGAGCUUAUGGCGGCGGAAGAGCAUCGUCAGUCCGUUCUGAUCAUGCUCAGCCUUUCGGCAGAAGUAGAACGCAAGGAGCGCGAUCUAGAGGCAAUCGAAGAUAAGAUUAAGGAGCAGGAUGAAAAGCGGGAGACAAUUAGCCGCAGUUUAGCCGACGCGAACACCGAUCUGGAAGCGCUGCAGCACGAACACAAAUAUGUGUCCCAGGCCUGGGGAGAGGUGAUAGUAGCGAUCCAGAAGCGCGACCGAGUGCUGGUAAAGACGAAGGAAGAGCUGGAGAAGAUUAACGAGGAGCACAAAGUUAUCAAGAGCAAAACGGAAAUUACGAAGAAAACGGCCGCCAAGGAAAUGGAGCAGAACGAGAAGUUGGCCGGCUUUAAGAAUCGCAUCCAGGGGGAUAUCAACUCGCUGGAGAAGCAAGUCCGCAAGGAACAGGAAGACGAAGAUAAGCUCAAGCGUGACCUGGAUCACUACGCCCUGAUUCUCGAGCAAACGGAGGCCGAUAUCCUGAAGGCACAACAGGAGGGUUUGCUGAUUGAGAACCAUCUCAAAUCAUUACGUCAAACGCUGGAGAAACAGAAUCGCAAAAAGUUUGAACUCGAGGAUCAGAUACUGGAGCUGCUGCAGGAUCAGCUGACCACGGACAAGGCGGGAGAAGCUCAAGGAAAGUUACUGGCCGAUACCACUAAGAAGCGUAGGGAGCUGGAGAUAAACAUGGAGGAUACAGAGAAUCAGCUGUCGGUCGUGUUGCUUGAUCUGGAAAAAUGGAGAUCACUUGUGGAGAGCUCAAGAGAUGUCUUGAGCAAAGUGAAGCUUGAGCAUGACGAGUUGGAUGCCAAAGCAAACAAGCACAACGAAAAGAUAAAGCUCAACAAGGAAAUGAUUGCCGUGAAGCUACGCAAGAUGGAUGCGCUUAAUCGCGAACUGGACCAGCUGAUCAGUAAGGCAGGAGGACAGGAAAUGAAUCCGGACGAGCUGAAGUUGCUGGACGUGCAGCAAGACAUCGUAGAGGUUGAGGCGCAGCUAAAGGAGGCGCAAGCAUCAUGGUUGAAACUGCACACAAGCGCACGAGCACAAUCGAACAAGCGUGGCCAGCAGUUGAGCGAAAUCAAUUAUUCCAGAAAGAAGCUUCUUCUAGCCGAACAGAAGGCGAUCAAAAUUGAGGCACAACUCGAGGAGGUAAUGAACGAAAAUAGGGAGAUUGUACGGUCGCUAUCAGCACUCAAUACACGGCUCGAUAGUGCCAGCAUGGAACUGUUUAAGACACGGAAAAUACACGAGAAAGGCGAGCAGGAAUGUGUGGUAGCACACCACCAGGCAACGGAACGAUUGCGGGAUGCCGAAAUGGCUGUUCUGAACCUGGAGCAAGAGCUGAAAGAUCUCGGGAAAGAGAUCGAGGACUGCAAGCAAGAGGUGCUGGAGAAGCAUCGCGAAGCACUGUCCUGGGAAACGAAGUGCAAAAUGUCGACCGAGGCGAAAAAGUUCAAAGACGAGGAAACGACUCAAAACAGUGAGAUUGGCAUUAUGAAAGCGGAGAUCCAUCGCAUGCAGGUACGGUACGGUCAGCUGAAGCGUAUGCAGGAAAAACUGGUGCACGAUCUGGAAAACACCGUGCAUCAUCGGGAAAACAUUUUCGAUUCCGUUAACGCGCGGGAAAAGGUAUACGGUGGAAAGUUUAAGACCCGUUCAACGAUGCAGCACAAGAUUAAUGAGCUCAAGAACAAGCUGAAAGUUGUCUUUUCGGAAAUAUCUCAAGCAGAAAAGAGUCUGCUCGAGAUUGAUACGGCGCAGAAAUUACUGCAGGCCGAGAUCGAGAACAAAAAGCACCAGAUCGAGGAGGAAAAGCUUCAGACUAAUCUGAUCCGCGCGGAAACCGAACAAGCGUCCAUGCUGAAGCAGGAAAACCUGGACUACAUCGUGCGCCAUCAGUACCGGGCCCGUCGUUAUCGAGCGCUCGCAAACGCACAGCAGCUCCCGAAGUUCCGCAACGAGAUUCUCAUCCAGGCCGAUCUUCAGCGCCAGAGGGAGGUGAAUGAAAAUAUUGCUGCGGUGGUGGAAACGAUGCAGCAAGAUUUUCCCACUCAAAAGUAUAAUCUGAACAAAAUUCUUCAAUUGCUCAAAUAAGAUGUG